ACCGGCUCUGUGGCUUGGUGCUUCCAUCUGUCUGUCCGUCCGCGGGUGCCAUCAUGGCGGACGCGGCCAGUCAGGUGCUCCUGGGCUCCGGUCUCACCAUCCUGUCCCAGCCGCUCAUGUACGUGAAGGUGCUCAUCCAGGUGGGAUAUGAGCCUCUUCCUCCAACAAUAGGACGAAAUAUUUUUGGGCGGCAAGUAUGUCAGCUUCCUGGUCUCUUUAGUUAUGCCCAGCACAUCGCGAGCAUCGAUGGGAAGCGUGGGUUGUUCACAGGCUUAACUCCGAGACUGUGUUCCGGAGUCCUUGGAACUGUGGUCCAUGGUAAAGUUUUACAGCAUUACCAGGAGUGUGACAAAGUUGAGGAGUCAGGACCUGGAAAUGUACAGAAAGAAGCAUCAUCUUCCUUUGACCGAGUUAUCAAGGAGACAACUCGAGAGAUGAUGGCUCGGUCUGCUGCUACCCUCAUCACACAUCCCUUCCAUGUAAUCACUCUGAGGUCGAUGGUACAAUUCAUUGGCAGAGAAUCCAAGUAUUGUGGACUUUAUGACUCCAUAGUAACCAUCUACCGGGAAGAGGGCAUCCUAGGAUUUUUUGCGGGUCUUAUUCCUCGCCUCCUAGGGGACAUCAUUUCUUUGUGGCUGUGUAACUCACUGGCCUACCUCGUCAAUACCUAUGCACUGGACAGUGGGGUUUCCACCAUGAGUGAAAUGAAGAGUUAUUCCCAAGCGGUCACAGGAUUUUUUGCCAGUAUGUUGACCUAUCCCUUUGUGCUUGUCUCUAAUCUUAUGGCUGUCAACAACUGUGGGCUUGCUGGUGGAUCCCCUCCUUACUCCCCAAUAUAUACUUCUUGGAUAGAUUGCUGGUGCAUGCUACAAAAAGAGGGAAAUAUGAGCCGAGGAAAUAGCUUGUUUUUCCGGAAGGUCCCCUUUGGGAAGACUUAUUGUUGUGACCUGAGAAUGUUAAUUUGAAGAUGUGGGGCAGGGACAGUGACAUUUCUGUAGUCCCAGAUGCACAGAAUUAUGGGAGAGAAUGUUGAUUUCUAUACAGUGUGGUGCGCUUUUUUAAUAAUCAUUUAAUCUUGGGAAAAUGGAA